AUGGCUGCUGCCAACCUCAACCCCAAGAAGCCAAACUCCAGCUCAAGCUCUGAUGGGAGCGACCUGGACCCACUGUGGCAGAACCUCGACUGGGCUGUUGGGCAGAUGCUGAUUAUGGGCUGGGAUGGCACUGAAGUUACCCCUCAGAUCAAAAGUCUUAUUGAAGAUCACCAUCUUGGGUCCAUUAUUCUCACGGCUAAGAAUUUGAAAUCUGCCCAAGAGACUGCCAAGCUCGUCCAGGAAUUGCAGACCAUAGCCAAGAAUGCCGGCCAUCCUCAACCACUUCUCAUCGCUGUGGACCAGGAAAAUGGAGGUGUCAACAGUCUUUUUGACGAAGACUAUGUCUGCCAAUUUCCAAGCGCCAUGGGCAUUGCCGCCACUGGACGCGUCGAGUUGGCCUACGAAAUCUACAAGGCCACGGCUUCCGAGAUCUCAGCUUGCGGUGUCAAUCUCAUGCUUGGUCCCGUCUUGGAUGUUCUGAACAAUGCGAGGUACCAGCCGCUCGGUGUUCGUUCCACCGGGGACGACCCCCAGGAAGCCUCACAAUAUGGCCUUGCCGCAUUGAAUGGUAUUCGCGACGCCGGUAUUGCUGCCGCAGGAAAGCAUUUCCCUUCGUAUGGCAAUUUAGACUUUCAAGGUUCCAAUUCCGCUGUUCCAGUUAUUACCCAGACAUUGGAAGAGCUGAGCCUCAGUGCUCUGGUUCCAUUUCGAAAUGCGAUUGCAACUGGCAAGCUCGAUGCCAUGUUUGUUGGCGGAUGUGGUAUAUCAAACCCAUCUAUGAACGUUGGUCAUGCAUGUCUCUCCGACCAAGUUGUCGACGAUUUGCUCCGCAACGAGCUGGGGUUCAAAGGAGUUGCCAUCUCCGAAUGUCUGGAAAUGGAGGCGCUCAGUCAUGAUUUGGGCGUACAGAACGGUGUGGUCAUGGCGGUCGAAGCGGGUUGUGAUCUUGUUUUGCUAUGCCGUGCUUAUGAUGUCCAGCUCGAAGCGAUCAAGGGUCUAAAGCUUGGUUACGAAAAUGGCAUCAUCACAAAAGAUCGCAUCUUCACAUCCAUCAGACGAGUUCAACAUCUCAAGUCGACUUGUACUUCUUGGGCAAAGGCUCUCAAUCCUCCAGGCAUCUCACUUCUCUCCCAGCUGCACCCAUCGCACGUGUCGCUAUCUCGCCGAGCUUAUGAUGAAUCCAUUACCGUUAUUCGGGAUAAAGAGAAGAUGCUUCCUCUGUCCAGCUCCAUGCAUCCCGGAGAAGAGCUUUUAUUGCUUACGCCUCUUGUAAAGCCCUUACCUGCCUCGGCUAUGACCAAGAGCUUGCUUGAGUCUAAGAAGACUUGGUCGCAAGCCCCAACACAGCAUGAUUCCUGGGCACAUAAAGACCGCGAACGAAGUGCCAUAAUGAGCGGUGAAGGGGUGUUCCGUGAGUUUGGAAAAAACCUCGCCAGGUAUCGCAAUGAAAAACUGCUUCACACCAGUUAUACAGCAAAUGGUGUAAGGCCGGUUCAUGAAAACCUUAUCGCUAGGGCGUCUUGCAUCAUUAUCGUCACGGCCGAUGCCAACCGCAACAUGUACCAGGCAGGUUUUACAAAGCACGUGGACAUGAUGUGUUCGAUGCACCGCAGCAGGGGAAACAAGAAGCAGCUGAUUGUAGUUGCUGUGAGCUCCCCGUACGACUUCGCUAUGGACAAAUCGAUUGGCACGUAUAUUUGCACUUUUGACUUUACGGAAGAUGCCAUGUCUGCUUUGGUCCGUGUUCUCGUUGGCGAGAUUACCCCCAUUGGCAGCAUGCCCGGGACUCUUCGCAAGAGCAAAAAGGUUCUCAAAUCCCGACAGCACUGGCUCGUCGAAGAAUAUGACCGAGCUCGCGACUAUGCCGGCUUGGAGGAUUUGUUGAAAGCCGUUCACAGAGCUAGUGCGCCUGACCUUCAUUUCCUCAAAUCCACAAGAGCCGCUUCCAUGGAACUACACCUACCGAACAUCAAGGAGAGUCAUUUUGUAGUGAGGAACAGCAGCACGGGGGCUCUUUAUGGAUUUGUUGCUACAUACUUCAUUGCGGGCGUCGGUAUUAUUGGGGCUCUGCUGGUCGAUCCGAGCAAGCGAAACGUUUCUAUUGGGCGAUCUCUUCAUCGGCGAGCAUUGAAGAGCCUCAGUCAGCAGCGAGGUCUCAAGAAGGUCCAAGUCGGAAUGUCAUUUCCCGGAGUUUUCCUUGGGAUCCCUCUGGAUCCUGAAGCAAACACCGUCAAGGAGUGGUUCAGCAACAGCGGAUGGGACACACAGUUCCCUAGGCGUUUGACGAAUAUGAUCAUUCACGAUCUGCCAAAUUGGGUCGCCCCUGAAGGACUGUUGCAAAGCAUUCAGAGGGCCAACAUCAGCUUUGAUUUGAUUCAUGGCCUGGAAAACGCAGAAAGUGUACUGCAUCAUGUUCGUGCGAAUGCUAACCCAGAGGUUCUUGAGCUCUAUACGUAUGCGCUCUCAGAGAAUAAAACAUGUGGUAUUGUCAGAGCCAAGGAUCCAUCUGGCAAUCUGAUUGGCACAGUCAUAAUCUGCCGACAAGGUAGUCCUCUGGUGACAUAUAUUCCACCUCUGCUCUCUGAUCGCGAGGAUGUUGGUGGCAUAAUUGCCCCAAUCGUGCCGUCAACGCCGCAGGCAACACUAGUACUGCAGGGUUUGGCUCUCAUGGGUGUUCGCCAAAGCAAGGGCCACAGAGCCUCCAAGGCCGUUUUGAGUUGGAUUGUGGACGAUGCGUUUGAGCCACUCGUAGCGAUGGGAUUUGAUAUCCUGCAGGCAUUUGAGGAGAUUACAAACUCUCCCGAAGUGUAA